AUGAAUGCAACAUUGCAAUCUUCCGAAUUAUUAACACAAAAUUCAUUCUCUGCGUGUACAAAUGGGACUACAGAAGCUUCUGAUUGCUACAAUAAUCCACCUCAUCACUUAUUCAGUGAUUACGUAGAAAUGGCUUAUCUAUUUUUAGUUAUUAUCAUUAGCACACCUGCUAAUGCGCAUAUUCUGUACAAAUUACUUCAAAGUCGAAAAAAUGUAAAAUCUGAUAACAUUAAGGCUGGUUUUUUGUUAUUAAAGAUAAAUUUAAAUAUUUCUGACUUACUGCUACUGAUAUUAUUAGCAGCAGGCAAAUUCUUCUGGCUUAUGACUUACUCCUGGCUCGGUGGAGAUAUUUUAUGCAAAGUAUUUAACUUUCUAUCAAUGAUUGCUCUGUACAUAAGUUCAAAUAUUGUCGUUUGCAUUGCAUUUGAUCGUUUCCGUAAUGUUUUACACGCAGCAAAAAUUAAACGAAACACUUCAUUGACAAAUGAAGCAUUUUUGAAGCAUACAGUUUACACAAUGAUUACAAUUUCUUGGUUAUUGGCGAUAAUUUGGAGCAUACCACAACUUUGGGUAUGGAAAACAUUAAAUGUAUAUCCAGACUAUCCUGGUGGUUGGGUACAGUGUUCAGAUAUUUGGUCUAUCGAAAAGUUUGAAGCUAUGCGAAAUGGAAAAGUUUUCGACAAUAGCAAAGAAUUGGCUAAAAACUUAUACGAUAUAAGUCAUCUGGCAAGAAUUUCAAAUUUUAAUUUUCAAAAAAUCAAAGUUUUAGACACAAACCGAAUUCUGCAAUUUGUGAUUUUGGUAUUUUGGGGACCACUGCUACUGCUAGUAAUUAGUUAUGCAUUUAUCGCUAUUCGUCUCAUCCAGUACUCCAAAGAAAAUCCUAGCAUAUCAGGUCAUUACACUGCAUCACAUAUGGAAGAUUAUGAUGUUGCGAGAAAACAGGAAUACGAGCAUGGAUUUAUUGAUGCAAAUUCAAAAUCUCUAACCGUUAUGAAUAAUCCUCCUUCUGCUUCAAAUUCUGUGAUAUGUACAAAUGGUAACAAUUUCCCUCCAAGUGGCAAGUUUGCCGAUAAUAUUUUAAUUAAGUUUAUGAAAAAAUAA